GCCAGCUAACGUAGGCAACGCUUUGAGAGAAGGGCGUGCGCCAUGCAGCCACAAGAAAAAAAGGAAGCUCACUUCAUCACUAGAAUCCCCAAAUACUGUCCCAUGGAUUAUAACCAGUGGCAGCAGUCAAAGAAGAAUCCCAGGUUGAACCUACCUCAGAUUAAAGUUGCCUCAGGAAAGCAGAUGUCAGGGAGGAAGGCCAGUCCUAGAUCAGAGUUUACCAGGACAAAAUUCACAACAAAGGAGGUAUCUGUCUCUAAUGUGGUGAAGAACCAGCAGCAAAAGAUAAUUGGGAAUGAAAUGGAUCUGGAGAAAAUCCAAGCCGACAUCCGAAUACUAAGAGCAAUACUUAAGUUCAGGACAGCCUCACUAGACGAACUUAAAAAGCAUGUCACCUUUCUCACUAUCAGCAACCAGCAGCUGGCAAAAAAGAUCCAGGACAUAGAAGCUGUCACUGCAGAGAAAGUGCGGAAGCUUCUGCAGCAGCAAGACACAUUUGGGACUCUCAUUGGCACUCUGGAGGAUGCAAACCAUAAGCAAAUGCAAGACAUGAAGAGCAAGCUAGAGAAGUGGACAGCGCAGGCAGAGGUCAAAGUGAAUGAACUGCAGCAGCAGCUGACAAAGGUGAAAGUGAAUAUUCGUAAGGCCCAAGAUGAGCUGAAUUUCCUGACCACCUACAUGGACCAGGAGUACCCAGUUAAGUCUGUGCAGAUUGCUGACCUCAUGAGUCAGAUCCAGGAUAUGAAAAAUAGGAAUGAGGAUGAGCUAGAGGAGUUGCAGGAGAUACGCAAGGAUGUGCUUCAGACAUUGUCAAAGAAACUGAUGGUGAAGACAGAGAAGAUCUUAUAUGUCAUGGCCAAGAGAACCAUCCUUCCCUAUCAAGCUGCUCUUAUGAGGAAGACGCUAAGUAACCAGCAACUAUUGAAGCAGAUAGUCCAGUUCAGAGUGCACAUUGACCGUAUGAAGAAGGAGCUUCCCAGGCUAAAGGGCCAGGUACAGGAUCUCCAGAUGCAGAGAAAGGACUCAAGGGAAGUGGUCUUUGCCAAUGUCCUGCUUCGGAAACCCAACACUGGAACUUCAGCCUCUCCCUGGUAUAACCAUGUGCAAAACCAGUCCCUGUGGUGCCCAUUGUCAGACGGACAAGGGAGAAGCUCAAGGAAGCUGACUUCAGUGAUCCGUUUAAGAUUGUUGUCUAAAGCUAGUGUUUCCCAACUCUUUUCAACCUGUGACCCAUCUGGGAUCAUUUUAUGCCAUCUUCUAGGGUCCAGACAGCCAUCUGUUCAUCCAUAGCCCUUGUCUCAAUUCCAUCUAUAUGUCCAUCUGCACGAAGCUAUGUACACAAAUACAAACAAUACCAGGGAACCACUCAGAAACACUCAAGUUUUAUAAUCUUCAUCACAGAGCAUGUUUCAGUGACAUACUUUUUUUUUUGGUGAGGCAAUUGGGGUUUAAGUGACUUGCUAAGGGUCACACAGCUAGUAAGU